GGAGCGGUGCGCGCUGUCUGACAGGUUUAGGUCCACCAUGUCCAGUGACGACCUGAUUUCAGUGGAUUAUGAGAUUUUUGGCAAAGUACAGGGGGUGUUUUUUCGAAAAUACACUCAGACAGAGGGGAAGAGGCUUGGCUUAGUUGGCUGGGUCCAGAACACUGACACGGGAACGGUUCAGGGGCAGCUCCAAGGUCCCCGUAUCAAAGUGACAGAAAUGCAAGAAUGGCUGAUGACCACUGGGAGCCCAAAGUCACGUAUAACCAAGGCAGAGUUCAAGAAUGAGAAGAAAAUUGACAACCUAGAGCACUCCACUUUUAAGGUUGCAAGAUAACUUGUAGAUAAUGUGUGUUACACUAACUCAAAAGCCAACUGUAUUUAUUAUUUUGUAUUGGUUGGACAUAGUUUAAAUUAAUUAAAAAGGUAUGUUCAUGAUAGAUGUUAAAAUUCACAUGAUAUUAAAUGGAAAAUGUCAUUCA